AUGUCAGCAAUGGACAUGUCGGGGAUGGCAUCGACCUUUUCGAGUAGCACCCGCGUCACGCUUUGGUUCACUGAAUGGACGACGACGACAACGGCGACCUAUGUGCUAACGAUCUUCUUCCUCUUUUCAUUGGGCAUCUUCAAUCGAUUCCUGAGUGCUUUCAAGAGCCAACUGGAGAGAAAAUGGAGGAUGCAACAGCAGGCCGAGAGCACAUCACAGUUCAUGCCCAACACGGAGAAGCUGGUCAACCACAGUGUUCGUGGCCAUGCACGGCAAUGGAGCCGUGCGCUGCGACAACAGCCUCUCGAACUGGAUGAUAAGGACAGGCAAGAGAUUGAGCCUUUGAGCCCAGUCGUACCACAACCAACUGCAGCGGAGGAGACUGGUAUUACACGGGGCUCUACGGCAUCACGUAAGACUUUCUGGGUGGCACAAGCACCCUGGAGCGCGAAGAAAGAUGGCAUAAGCGCUGCUUUGGAGUUUAGUCGCGCAUUGAUCGGCUACGUAUUAAUGCUUGCUGUUAUGACUUACAACAUCGGUUUCCUAUUCGCUGUCACGGGAAGCGUACUUCUCGGCGAGCUGGUAUUUGGGCGGUACACACGGGGUUCUGCAGGUCUAGCCGAGGAUGGCUGCCAUUCUUGA